CCAGACGACAAGAACACCGUUGAACAAACAGUCGGGAAACGGAUAUGAAGUCUCUCCACCGUGUUAGGUAUUCUGGGGUGCAAUGGACGACAGCAGCGCAGUGAAGCUCUUUGUGGGGAAUCUGGAUUUGGAAACCACACAAGAUGACCUAAUAGCGCUUUUUGCCCCUUUUGGAGAAGUGGUGCACAUAACUGUACUCAGGCAGUUUGCCUUUGUCCAUCUGCAGGGAGAAGGGGCAGCUGACAGUGCCAUCCGUGAUCUGAAUGGUCGAGAGUACCGCGGCCGGAGCCUUGUAGUUGAAGAGUCCAAAGGGAGGCCCCUCAAUUCCACCAAAGUAUUUGUUGGGAACCUGUGCGCUUCCUGUUCCGUCGAAGACCUGUUUGAUCUCUUCUCAGCUUACGGCAAAGUUCUUGAUUGUGACAAAGUAAAGACAAAGCCCUCGUCUCUAACAGGCUACGCCUUUGUGUACAUGGAGCACAAAGAGGACGCAGAACAAGCCAUUGAGGGUCUACACGGGACCACGUUUAUGGGACGUCCGCUUGCAGUGGAGCUCUCAAAGGUACAGCAGUCCACAAACAAGGUUCCGUGUGCCAGCUGUGGUGCACAUGGUCACUUUGCAGGUGAAUGCCCGAUCAAUAGGCCCCCAAUGGAGCACCAUCAGAGCCAAGCUGCUGUUUUAGCCGCAGCUGCUGCCGCCGCUGCUGGUCUUCCCCUUCAGGUGCAGCAGAGUGUCCACAACUCGUUCUACAACACUGCAAGCAGUGACCCGACGUUUGCAGCUCUGAAAGACUUGACCACUUCCAGGGUUGAUGGCAAACCUGUGAGCUCCAUGGUGUACGGUGCCCUGGCGAGCCAAGUCUAUAGUUCUGUCGCAGAUCAGGUGAUCGGCUCGACCAGUCAGGCUGCUGAGGGCUACCCGACUGAAGCGGAGGCUCCACCAGGUGUCGCUUAUGGGACAGAGCCUGACCCUCACACCCUCUUUGAAGCUGCCCGUGCCCGAUUCUUUGAGCAGGGACAACAAGUGCUGGCUGAACAGCAGGCAGUGACCAAAUCGGAUCGAGACAGAAGUCCAAUACGGCGCACAGCCCCAUUACUGCCUGAUCCAUCUCCUCAGCAAUUCUCCCAGGCGCGACCUAAACGACGAGCCCUGCUUCCAACACCACCCGGAGGUCCAGAGCUACCCCCCGUUAAAAAUGGAGACCCAAUUGCUAGGUGCUAUGCUGAGUACUACCAGCAGUACCAGCAGUACCAACAAUACCAACAGUACCAGCAGUAUCAUCAGUAUCAUCAAUACCAGUACAACUAUCCACCCCCUCCACCACCACCGCCUGCUCCGAUGCCCAUGAUGCCUCCAGGCCCGAUGGAUGUGCAACAGAUGAUGGCCCCUGGCACCAGCAUUUCACCAAGAGUGUAUGAGCCAACUCCAACACACAAGGAGCCCCUCCUACGCCGCCCUGAUUACCCUCACCAACACACAUCAGAGUCCCCAUAUCGAUAGCCCCAACACCUCACAUGAGUGCGUGCACGCGUGUUUGCUUGUGAAAAUGUGUGCGUGCGCUAGUUUUUGGUCCUACGUGACAAAAGGAGGAGGAAAGGGAUAAAUAGAAUUAUUAUUGCUACAUCAUACCUGGAUAUUGCAGUUUCGCAGUUAUCUUAUCCUCUCGUAACGUCAGAUAUGCCAUUGUGUACAGAAUGUAGAAGUUUAUAAGGCCAUGAAAGUGAUUCUGAGCCCCUCUGUUUAAAUGUAGUUGUUUUUUUUUCUCCACAGAGUGCUCAGAAUUAUUAUCAGCUGUCAUGUUUUAUAGAUCAGACACAUUUUUGACCAUCGUGUUAGGUCAAGCUUUCUUCGAAGUCAAAUGACUGUGCCUUGUGAAAAUAAACCUUUUUUUGUGUACAGACUUUUGUAAAAUCAAGUACUUCAGAUCAGGUACAGUUUUAUUAAAUUCAUGGUUCAGCAAAGGAACAAAUCUCAUUAAUCCAAAUUGUCAUGAGUAUAUCAAAUUUGGCUUGGACUAACGUUUAAUAGUGACUAAAAAGACAGCUUAGUUUAGAUCGAAUGUACAGAGGACCUGUGUGAAGUGUGUGUGAGAGUGAGUGAAACACAUUGUCAAUAGUUUGGCUGAUCCCUUAGCAUUCACAAGAGCGUUCACAUGAACAAUCACAUACACCUAUUUUGUGAAGUCUUGAUAGGGCAAAGAGGGGGGUGGGGGGGCAUUUGGGCACAUUUAGUCAAAUCUGUACCAGCCAAAUCCACAAACCUGUACUUUAAUGCUCUAACCACUGCCUCACUAGUGCAGAUGGUAACGCCUGCCCAGUAAAACUGUUAAAAUUGCCUGCUGCAGAGGAGCAGAGGUUAAGAUAAGGUUAAUUGCAAAAGGGACACACUUGUUUGCCACCCAGUAGACAUAUUAGUUAUCUAAGUGUUUUACAUUCACAUACCUUUAUUGACUCUGAAUGAGUUUGAGAUGUCGUUCUUGCUAAAUAGCAAACAGAACUGGUUUUAUAGUAUGCCAGUAGCAGUUAUGCAUGUUUUGCAGGAUCUAAAGAGCAAACGACUGCCAUCUCUGGGCUUGCAUCCCUCUCUUACAUGGACAGAAUACUUGGGGCUAUUGACUUACACAGGUACACCCCUCGAAUGACCUUAAAGAAGAAAGUAUUUUUCUUUCAGUUAUUUGUUUCUUUUGAAAGCAGCCCCAUGCAGUUACUAUUAUGUUGCUCUGACCAUUUAUUCUGUUCACAUUUACAGUCUUCUUUAUCCUUUAGAGUUAUGUGAAUUGAUUUCGUGGGCUAUGGGGUGGUCAAGCUUAGUUAUUUAGGGAUGGGGAAUGUAAAACCUGACAUCUAAUUAGUUGAUUCUAAGAGUGAAAAACCGUGAAGUGCUUCGUAAAAUUGUAUUUUUGUUCUUAAGAAAAAACAAAUGUGUUGUCCCAGUUCAUGAGCAUUUUAGGCAAUUCAAUUAAACGUUCAUGUUAUGACAUUAUAAACCGAAA